AUGAAGGUUGCCUUCUUCGCUCUUCCGCUCCUUGCGGCCUUCGCCUCCGCGCGUGCCGUUAACUCCAUCUCUGAAAGAAACCAAGACUGUGUAAACCGGCUCUCCGACUGCCUCCAGACCGCAGCCGCGUCUGGUGGCUCCAUCGACCAUGCCCAGUGCAAGGGCGUGGAGGAGCAAUGUGCCUCCUUCGUCCUUCCCAGGGCUGCUGCCCUUGACCCUAGAGCUCCUGAUGCCCAAGUCCUCAGGAUCGCCCAGGCCAUUGAUGGUGCCGCAGGAGGCAAGAACAGCGGCAUUGACAGCAAAGGCCUGGCUGCCAAAAUCCACAAGGACGUCACCGCCAACGGCAUCAACAUCGGUGCCAUCAUCCAGAUGAUCAUCGAUGCCCUUCAUGGCAAGCACGUGGAUAUUGGCAAGAUUAUCGGGGCCAUUUUCGAGGUUCUCCGUCAAAUCUUUGGUAGCCACGCCCAUAGCCUCAGUGUUACCGAAGGCAGCGUUAAGCCUGGUGAUGUCGCCAACGUCGUUCUCGCCUCUCUCCACACUGAAGGCAAGCCUCCCGCCGAUAUUGGAAAAAUCAUCGAGGCGAUCCUCGGUUUUUUCAAAGGCGGUAAGCUCGACAUCGCCGGUCUGAUCCAGCUCAUCAUCGACCUGCUCAAGGGCAAAUUCCCCAACGCCAAAAUCGGCCAGACCGUCCAUGGUGUCAUGCAACUUUCCGCCUCCUCUGGUGCACUCGCUGCUCGCUCUGAAGACGUCCAUGCUGCCUCCCUCUUUGACAUCCCCAAGCUCAUCGCCGCCAUCAUCCAGAUCGUCGGUGACGGCAAGCACAUCAAUGUCGGUAAGCUUAUCCAGGCAAUCGUCGCCCUCCUUGCAGAGAUUGCUGGGGGCAUUAUGAAAAUCAUCUUCCCCGGUUUCGGUGGCCUCUCUGCCCGAGACGGCGUAGUAGCAACUGCAGCCCAGGUAAACGAUGCCAAAUCCGCCUUUGGCGACCUGAUCAACGGAAUUCUCCAGCUCUUCGCAGAGGGUAAAUUCAGCAUUGGCAAGUUGAUUCAACUUAUCAUGAAGUUCCUUGCUUCUCUCCCCAAGCUUCCCAAGCCCGGCCACCACUGA